AUGUACUUCAAUCCUGAUAAGACUUUUGUCAUGGGGGUAGACUUACGAAACAUGGAGUUUAAGGACUUGAUUAUCCACAUCCGUAAUUUGACGAAGGGUAUGUGUCGUGAUAUGUACUACUGUCUUCCAAACCGGGCCAUAGUAGAUGGGUUGAGGGAGCUGAGAGAUGAAGAUGAUUAUGUAAGGUUUCUUGAUGUUGGAUAUAAAAAUAAGAGAAGAAUCAGUAUCUACAUUGAUCACGACCACGAGCCACUUAUGCAAUGGAUUGAAGAAGAGAUAGCCGAAGAUGGAGUUUACGAUGAUACUGAUCCAUGUUCUGAUGAUGUGAACUCGGUCAUGUCAGAUAAUAUAUCAGUAGACCAUGAAGCUGAUGAUGAGGUUAUAGAAAUUCCUAAAUUUGUUGAUCCUUUUUUAUCCAAGAAAAAUCUUAUUCCAGAAGGAGGGAUAUAUGAUGAAGUUGAUGAUGAGGCCCACCACUUUCCUAUUCAUAAUCCCAACCAGAAAUGGGACACAAUGGUGGAUUGGUAA